GAUAUCAUCAGUUGCGUUUCUGCAGUACUGAUCAAUAGCGUUGUUCAUUCGAUAGUUUCAAUUUCGUCUACCAUCCGCACUUUCAACAUACUACCAUUUAGACCCUGAAUCUGAAAAGUGGUCCAAACCAUCUGAAGGUGUACAAGAAAACCUUUUCGACCUCUUCUGUUACUUAACGCAACUUGUCCAGGCGCGUUCAAUCGCGUGUCAGACAGAACACUAUAUAAGGGGUCGCCAAGGAGAUAGUCAUACAAUGGGCGCGCUGUAUUGGCAGCUAAAUGACAUUUGGCCCGCUCCCACUUGGUCGAGCAUUGAGCACUGUGGUCGGUGGAAACCUCUGCAUAACUUUAUGAAGCAUUCAUUUGCAGACAUACUCGUGUCCGGAUAUCAACUUGCUGGAGAACAUUCUCUCCACAUUCAUGUCUCAAAUGGUCGGCCCGUUACUGUUAAAGGUACUCUGUAUAUUCGAUCAUACAACAUACAGUCUGGUGAGCUUAAAGAGCAGCCUAAAACCUGCUUCUCUAUCAAAUGCUACAAGGAAUAUGCUAUGAAAGUCGAGCCAAGUUUACUAAGGGUCGAUAAUGACGAUGCUACCUGCGUGAUUUUCGCAACUGCGAUCAUCACUUCUGAGGGUAGUAUGUCCGAGCAAACGUUUGAGAUGCUACCUCUGCCAUUCCCUUGUAGAGAUGCAUUUCCGCUGGAAAGCCUUGUAGGGGAUCCGAAGAUAGUUGUAGAGGCGAUGAAAGUUGAAACAAACGAAGAAGGCUAUUAUGUCCACAUCACUCUUCGCUCGUCCGAACUUGCCGGGUUUGUGUGGCUCGAAUGGGAAAGCCAAGGUGAGGAAAUAGAAGGGUACUUUGAGGAGAACGCUUUCUGGAUACUACCAGGAGGCUCGGGGCACACUCUAUUCCAUGGUAAAGACAAGAAGAAUCUCAAGUACAUACAGGAACACAAUCUCCAUAUCAAGAGUCUCUGGGAUGUUUUGCAGUGUUCUCGUUUGUUGGAGGACGACAUUUUAAGUGAAACCAUAAUAUAGUUAUCACAUGAUCAUAGUGACGCCUGCACGUGCGGCUUCUAUUUUAGCCCACAUCAUCACUACACUGUCAAUCACCCUUCUCUCCAUCCAUCUCUUUGUUACGAUCACUCAGAUCUU